AUGAGCGCUACAUUUUCUUACGCGCAAGCCGCCAAGGGCGUUUCUGGGACACCAGUGCCCAGCAAGGCAGGAUCGACAGAGUCCGAGAAGUCCGAACCGAAGGCCGAGGAGCCCAGCGAUAGUGUUCCAGCAGCUGAGUCCGUGACCACUGUUUCUGAAACGGAGACACCGCAGGAGCCCGAGACCACCACGACAAGCGUGGACAAGGAAGCCGAGUUCACCACUGUUACCAGCAAGCAUGCUCACCGAUCGAAGGCCAACAACUCCAGGACCUCGUCUCCGAGCGUCCGGUCAACUGCCGCACAGUCGAAGGAUGGUGAUGCGUCCAAUACCACCAACGGAAACGCGGAUGCCUCGUCUGAGAAGCAGAGUCAGCCUGAUGCCAAGGCUGACAAAUCCGAGAAUGGUUCGGAAGCCUCGAAGGAGAAGUCUGAAAAGUCGGAGAAGGCUGCCCCUCCAAAGGAGCUCAAAGCUGCCCCUCUCCCCUCCGUGAACAUCUGGCAGCAAAGGAAGGAGGCCCAGGAAGCCAAGGCUAAGACCACCCCGGCACCUGCCGCUGGCAAGGGUAAAUCUGAGGAGGGCCAGCAGGACUCUGGCAAGGCUGGCUCCAAGAAGAAGGGCGCCGAUGGUGCAUCAGAAGGGACCAAGGGCAAGAAAACUGACGGCAAGGGCCGUGACGAGAAUCUCCCUCCUGUUGCGGAUGCGUCCUCGUGGCCGACCCCCCAGGUUGCACUGGGUGAGGAGAAAAAGAAGGCCCAGGAGAAGACUGAGAAGAUCGAGCGGACAGACAAGAGCCCUGUUGCUCGAUCCCACGGCAAGGAGAAGUGGAUGCCCGUGAACUACGUUCCCACUGCUGUUUUCAAUACCCCUCUUCCGUCAGCAUCAUCUGGCCGCGGUGGCCGCAGAGCUGCUCGCGGUGGGCGUGACAGUGGACGUGGUGGCGCUCACGGUGGCGGUGCUGCCGCCGGUGAGAAGGCUGCCUCUGGCCAUACCCCCCAGGCUUCGGCUGCCAAGCAGGGUUCCGGAGAACGUGGACGGAAUGAGGCCGGUACUGGUCGAGCAGCUUCCCUUCCCGCACAGUCCAGACGCUCAAACAGCGCUGACGUUGCCAACCCGGAUGCUCGCAAGGGUCAGGCUACGGAUCGUGGCCGCGGAGCCCGUGGUGGCGAGGAUGUCGCUACAAAUGGAAAGCAGGUCACCAGCGGCGAGCACUCCUCCCGCCCCCAGCGUGAUGGCAAGCAGUUCACAAGGAAUCAAGAUGCCCGGGCUGGUGACCGUAACUCGAAGGGCGCUCACCUAGCUGUCGACUCUCAGGCUGCUGCUCGUGUUAACGACCGUCGUGCUGAGUCUGGCCCCAAGUCUGCUGACAUGAACCGUGAUUCUACUGGCCCCCAGGACUUCAACCGCGAGCGUGGCGACUCUCGUGCAGAGCGUGGUGGCCGGAAUGCCAACCGCAGCCGUGGACCGUACUCCAACUUCGGCCAGAACCCUCAGUUUAGCAUGGCGAAUACCUUUGUUCCCGGCAAGUUUGGCUUCAACGAUCGCCAGCGGUCCCAACACGGUGUCCAGAAUGGGCAACAGCAGAACAACCGGAUGCCUUUGCGGUCCCCAUCAUUGCCCGCUUCGGCUGGCAUGUAUGGCAAUGUCUAUCCCUUCCCUGCGGAGAUCAACACCAUGUACCCCUACCAGAACGUGGCUCCUGGCCCUAUGAGCGCGGUCCCCUACCAACAGUACAUGGAGCCAUUCGGCCUCAUGACUAUGCUGUCUAUGCAACUUGAGUACUACUUUUCGGUUGACAACAUGUGUAAGGACAUGUUCCUGCGUCGUCAUAUGGAUUCCCAGGGCUUUGUUCCUCUGGGUGUCAUCGCCAGCUUCAAGCGCGUCAAGUCCCUGACCGAGGACUUUGAGAUGCUUCGUCACGUUUCUCGCAGUCUGCGGAACGUAGACUACCAGAUCGGCGAAGAUGGCGUGGACCGACUCCGCCCGAAGGAGAGGUGGGCGCAGUGGGUUCUCCCUGUUGACCAGCGUGACCCUUCAGCACAGCAUGAGGGUGCUCCUCCCGCGAAGCACUCCGGGAAAAUUGACGAGAAUGUCCCAUUCAACAACCACGUUGACAGCGCUACCAAUGGAGCGAAUCACAACGGACCCCGCCAGUUUGUCCCCAAUGGCGCCGCAUCUCGCGGAUCUCGGACGCCGCUCUCCUCGGCAGCACCUGAGUUCCAGCCUGCGCAGAAUGAAAUUGCCAAUGUAGGAACAACCCCAGAUUCCUUUCCCUUUUCCGAAGGCAGCCUACAAUCGACAGUCUCUUUCUCCCACUAA